AUGUCUCAAGGUUGUGGCUAUCCGGCAGGGACCUUGUUUGAGUCGGAUCCAUGGUCCUUGUUAGGGACUGCAGCUGACAGGGGAUCAUUCGCUGAUCUUCCCAUGGAAACAACAUCAACAUACACCUCAAGCGCCUCAUCUGCUGAGCUAUCCCACGAUGACAUUGCCACAAAUUCGAUGCAGCAGCUGGCAGCGCUAAGUUGCAGCCUCUGUACGCUUCACACCACGUGUCGCAACGAGAUCGCCCGCCUGGAGUUCCAGCCCCAGCUCGUCUCUCAUACGAAUGCCUUCAAUUCCUUGGCUACUUUACUGAGAGCCCUACCGAACCUUGACGAAUACGAGAUAUACACGGAAGCCUGUCUCGCAUCAAAGAGCUUGCUCCUGGUCAUGUAUCGGCUUCGGCUCUUCAACUCCCCGAAUGAUGAGGUUUUACCGGCUGCCCUGCGGCAUCUUCUCUCUGCGUGUUAUGUCCAACUCCUCCACGUGCAUACGAUUCUGGUCAGGCUUAUGUCAUAUGAGGUGUCAAACUCACCGGAUCUUCAUCAAGGCGACCCCUUCUCCUUCGCCCGACUUCGCCUGGUGGUCAUCUACAACCUUGUCAAGCAUCUGCUGGAACACGUACGGCGUGGCUAUGGUGCAUAUGGUCUGACAGUGGCACGGUCGGGCUCUCAGCCAACUACCUAUACAGAAUCUCACGAAAUCAGUCAGGCUGAACAAAAGCUAUGGAACGACCUCCAGGAGUUGGAAAUCUGUCUUUCUCCAAGGUUGCAGACGCCUUCGGUUCAUUCAUCUUCCGAGUAG